AACAUGGCUGCGCAGUGGUCAGAGGUAGAGCGGGCGGAGAAGGAGAAGCGGCGGGAGCUGGUGCUGCAGGGAGCGGACGAGCGGCUCCGGCAGAGUGAUGGCCACUUACCGCCCGCUCUCUUCUCCCUCACUCUCCUCAAUUACUUGGAGGUGAGCGGAUGCUCCGAGCUGCGGGAGCUCCCGGCUGAUCUGGGCCGCCUCUCCCACUUGCAGAGCCUGAUCCUGUGCAAGAACAAGCUGCGGAGCCUCCCCCGGAGCCUGGAGCAGCUGCGCGGCCUGAAGGUGCUGGACGUGUCGGGGAAUGAGCUGGAGGAGCUGCCGGCCGAGCUGUGUAACCUGCCGGAGCUGUGCACGCUGAACGUCAGCUGGAACCGGCUGCGGGAGCUGCCCCCGGGCCUGGAGCGCUGCACCAAGAUGGCGGGGCUCAACCUGUCCCGGAACCUGGUCACCCGCCUCCCCGCCGGCCUCAUGAGCCCCCAGCUGACCCUGCUGGCCUCCAUCACUGCCGCCGACAACCAGCUGCAGGAGCUGGGAGGGGAGAUCGGCCACCUGUCGGGGCUGAAGAGUCUGGACCUCUCCAAUAACCAGCUGACGGAGAUCCCACCGGAGCUGGCAGACUGCACCAAGCUGAAGGAGAUCAACUUCAAGGGCAACAAACUGAAAGAUAAACGGCUGGAGAAGAUGGUGAAUGGCUGCCAGACCAAAUCCAUACUGGAGUAUCUGAGGGUCGGAGGCCGCGGAGGGGGAAAAGGGAAAUCCAAAAUCGAGAAUGCAGUAAAAGAGGAGGUGAAGGACAAGAAGAAGAAGCAGAGGAAACCGAAAAAGGACAGUGGAGGAGAUGAUGAGGACGAGGAGGUGGAAGACAUGAAUAGGAUGAUGCUGAGGGUCCUUCACAUAUCUGAGAACCCUGCAGCCCUCAUAGUCAGUGCCAGUGCCAGCGUGAAGGAUGUGCGGCCGUAUAUUGUGUGCUGUGUGGUCAAAGGGAUGAACCUGAAGCCUGGAAACGCCCUGAAACGGUUCCUAACAGCACAG